GCGCGACGGCCGCUGCGAGCGUGGACGUGCGGCGAGAAGAUGGCGGCGGCGGGGGACGCGGCGUGAGGCGCCGGAGCAGCGCCGAGUCCCAUUGAAACGGGCCGCCAUGGCCCUUCGCAACCCACAGUAUAUUUUUGGAGAUUUUAGUCCUGAUGAAUUCAAUCAGUUCUUUGUGACUCCUCGCUCUUCAGUUGAGCUCCCUCCGUACAGCGGAACAGCUCUGUGUGGAACACAGGCUGCAGAUGAACUGCCUGAUGGACAAGAAUAUCAGAGAAUUGAGUUUGGUGUUAAUGAAGUAAUUGAACCCAAUGACACUUUGCCGAGAACCCCCAGCUACAGUAUUUCAAGCACAUUGAAUCCUCAGGCCCCUGAAUUUAUCCUUGGUUGUACAACUUCCAGAAAGACCCCCGAUGGCAUCGAUAAAGAGGUGAACUACAGCACUGUUGACUGCCAGUGCCCAGUCUCUGCCCUCACUUUGCAUAGCAGUUCUAAUGUGGAGACAGAAGUUUUGGAAAAUGAUGGUGUCUCUGGUGGUCUUGGACAAAGAGAGCGUAAAAAGAAGAAAAAACGGCCUCCUGGGUAUUACAGUUACUUGAAAGAUGGGGGCGAGGAGAGUGUUCCCACAGCAGCCCUGGUCAACGGCCACGCCGCUUCAGCAGGCCCCACCAGCGUGGGUGCUGAGGACACAGGGUUUCUGGGUGAUGUACUCCCACCUGUUACGCCGAGGACUUGUGGCAGCCCUCAGAACUCCGUGGACUUCAUCAGUGACACUGUGCCUGACGGUCCUUUCCCUGGAGCACUGGACGGAGAUGCCAGGACUGCGGGGCAGCCUAAGGGCUGCCAUGGGACUGAUUUUGAGCAGCCCUGCCUCCCUGCAGGUAGCCUGCUAAGGACAGCUGUGGCUCCGUCCUACUCUGGUACUGAUACUACUGAAAACCUUGGAGUUGCAAAUGGACAAAUACUUGAAUCCUCCGGUGAGGGCACAGCUGCCAACGGGAUGGAGUUGCAUACUGUGGAAAGCAUAGACUUGGACCCAGCGAAGCCCGAGAGCGUGUCACCUCCUGCUGACAGCACGGUCUCUGCGCCCGGCACCAUUCCCAUUAGCCAGCCUGCCAAGUCCUGGGCCAGCCUCUUCCACGAUUCUAAGCCCUCUUCCUCCUCACCUGUGGCCUAUGUGGAAACCAAGUGUUCUCCUCCUACCCCAUCUCCCCUGGUCUCUGAAAAGCAGGUUGAAGUCAAAGAAGGGCUUGUUCCAGUUUCAGAGGAUCCUGUAGCCAUAAAGAUUGCAGAGUUACUGGAGAAUGUAACCCUGAUACAUAAACCAGUGUCAUUGCAACCCCGUGGGCUGAUCAAUAAAGGAAACUGGUGCUACAUUAAUGCUACCCUGCAGGCGUUGGUCGCUUGCCCUCCGAUGUAUCACCUGAUGAAGUUCCUUCCUCUGUACUCAAAAGUGCAAAGGCCUUGUACGUCAACGCCUAUGAUAGACAGCUUUGUUCGGCUGAUGAAUGAAUUCACUAACAUGCCAGUACCUCCAAAGCCCCGGCAAGCUCUUGGGGAUAAAGUCGUGAGGGACAUUCGCCCUGGAGCUGCCUUUGAGCCCACGUACAUUUAUAGACUCCUGACGGUGAUCAAGUCGAGCCUGUCUGAAAAGGGUCGACAGGAAGAUGCCGAGGAAUACUUGGGCUUCAUUCUGAAUGGACUCCAUGAGGAAAUGCUGAGCCUCAAGAAGCUUCUCUCACCAAAUGAUGAAAAACUCACAGUCUCCAAUGGGCCCAGAAGCCACUUGGCAGAUGAGGAGGAGCAGGAGGAGCGAGGUGGAGGAAGCGAGGAUGAAUGGGAGCAAGUGGGCCCCAGGAACAAGUCUUCUGUCACCCGCCAGGCGGAUUUUGUUCAGACUCCAAUCACUGGCAUUUUUGGUGGACACAUCAGGUCUGUGGUCUACCAGCAGAGUUCAAAAGAAUCUGCCACUCUGCAGCCAUUCUUCACAUUGCAGUUGGAUAUCCAGUCUGACAAGAUACGCACAGUUCAGGAUGCACUGGAAAGCUUGGUGGCCAGAGAGUCUGUCCAAGGUUAUACUACAAAAACCAAACAAGAGGUUGAGAUAAGUCGGAGAGUGACUCUGGAAAAGCUCCCUCCUGUCCUUGUCUUGCAUCUGAAACGAUUUGUUUAUGAGAAGACUGGCGGGUGUCAGAAGUUGAUCAAAAACAUCGACUAUCCUGUGGACCUGGAGAUCAGCAAAGAACUGCUUUCUCCAGGAGUUAAAAAUAAGAAUUUUAAAUGCCACAGAACCUAUAGGCUCUUUGCAGUGGUCUAUCAUCAUGGCAGCAGCGCGACCGGAGGCCAUUACACUACGGACGUCUUCCAGAUUGGCCUGAAUGGCUGGCUGCGCAUCGACGACCAGACGGUCAAGGUGGUCACCCAGUACCAGGUGGUGAAACCAGCUGCUGAGCGCACAGCCUACCUCCUGUAUUACCGCCGAGUGGACCUGCUGUGACCCUCUGUGCGCGUGUGUGUGCCUGAUGCCCGCUUUUAGAACACCAGUCUCACUAACUUCCUGCCUCUCUUUAGUGGCUCUUUAGAGAGAAACUUUCUCCUUUUUGCGAAAAUGGGCUCGAAUGAAAAGGAGAUGCCUUGGGGUUUGUGCGCAGUGUAGUUUUAUGUUGACUUCUAACUUCCAAAUCAAAAUCAUUUGGUUGAAACAGACUGUCGCUUGAUUUAAGAAUACACAAAAACCCAUAUUUCUGAAAUAAUGCUGAUUCCUAAGAAAGGGAAACUUGCAUUUGAUUCCCAGUCUAAUUGCUUAGUAGAAUAAAUUCUGCACCAGCAACCUUGUAAAUUUGUGAAAAAUGAAUUUUAUCUUUCCUUAAAAAAUAAAUUUUUUAAUCCAUUACACUUUCCUCCCCCACCCUUUAGUUUUUGAUAAAAAUGAGCCAGUUAUUGGAGAAGAAAAUAGUUCUUACUUCAGAAGAAAAAUAAACAUAAAAAAUAAGUUGCUGGUUCCUAACAGGAAAAGUACAUUUUAAUAAUUGUGCGAUGAGAAACUGCUUACGUACACAUUGCGAUCAACAUUUGGAGUUAAGAUGCUAGUCUGCAUAGAUGGGUGAUUGUAACCUUAUUGCCAUUAAAAGAUUCCAAAUUGCAUUCAUGCUUCUGUGUACCCGUGAUGAAGAAGGGCAAACACAAGGCUGCGUCCCGAGUCUGCUCUGUCGGCUCUGCUGUCGCUCCUCUGUACCGCCGCGUCCCCACUUGUACACAGUUUAGUGACACCUAGGAGUAUAAAGUUUCGCCCAUCAAUAAAAAAUCACAAAGUUGGUUUAAA